CCUAUCCAAUCAGUAACCAGGCUUUUUUCAGGGGAGAAAAACUUUUGGCGAGUGAGACCCGCCUCCUUCCGGGUAUUGGGAGGUAGUGGAAACAGCCAUAAUGUUCAUGUUGUAAAUGUUGGUCCCAUUUUGAGUAAAACAGACAUGAAGCAGGCUACCUUGAUUCACUGUGUUUUUCUCUUUCAUAAUGUGUGUUUUCACUUCAUGAAAGUUAAUUGUAACAUUUUGGGUCGUACUAAAAGACAGAAAAUUAAUGUUUGUAAAGUAACGACCUCUCACUGUCAAGAUAGCACAAGCUGCUAACCUUUAGCAGCAGCCUUUUGUGUAAAUAUGAUCUCUUCUGGUUCCAAAUCACCAAGAAGGUGAAGGUCAAGAUGCCAAAGGCUUUAAAACAGUAGUCCACGUCUCAUAUCAAGUACAGAACCUGCAAAUGUUGAUCCUGCUGUUUGAUUCAUGAACUUCAAAUCAUAUUAAAAUGAAAAGCUACAGGCAAAACAUUCCACCAUUAUGAUACUGACGAGGUUAUUUUUACUGGUGUUCAUCAUAAUGACAUGAUAACAUCCUAUGAUAACUCUUUUGUUCAUUUUUAAUUAUAAUUUGCUCAGAAUUUUUCAAACAAUACCUCAGUAUGGUCAUGUUAUCAGGACAUUAUCUGGGUUUAACCAGGCUCAGAUCCAACAUAGAGGUUUUUCACACCAUGUAUUGUUUUUUACUGAAUUAACCAAAAAAUGGAUGGCUGGAACCAUUUUCCUCCGCUUAUCCGGGGCCGGGUCGCGGGGGCAGCAGGUUAAGCAGGGCAUUCGAGACGUCCCUCUCCCCAGCCACAACGUCCAGCUAUUUAAAUGGACUGAAGUUAUUCCUAAAAUGAAGCAUUUUUCUACACGUCCUGUUUAUCUUGUUGUGACUCUGGAUCCUCUUUGUGUUUUGCAGCUGACAGGAUGCAGAGCCUGGACAUAUGAAGCCCACGCUACUUCCUACUGAUCUGAAUGAAACGCAGCCACAUGCAUUAUUAAUGACAAGCCUGGAAGACCCCUGCCACUUUGAUGUGUGAGCACACCCACCAAUAAUGGCCCAUAGGAUACGCAGUGGAAAUCCAGCUGAGGCAGACGUGUUCCUGUAUCCCGCCCGGGUCAACCUGCAGACUCCCUCCCACAGCCACAUCUGACUUUUACAAGAUCCCAGUGAGAGCUGCUGCAACAUGAGGCUGGUGUGGAAAUCCCUGGACAAGAUGAGGUGUCUGCGGAAACGCUCCACCAUCCCCUUCCUCGGCUUCCUCAUCACCUUCCUCCUCUUCCUCAACCUGUACAUCGAGGACGGCUAUGUGCUGGAAGGAGAUAAGAGGCAGCUGAGGGAAACGUCCGUCCACCCCUCCAGCUCCGAGCGCUACGUUCACACCUUCAGAGACCUCAGUAAUUUCUCUGGAAGCAUCAAUGUCACAUAUCGUUAUCUCGCCGGGACGCCGCUCAACCGCAAGAAGUAUCUCACCAUCGGACUGUCGUCAGUCAAGAGAAAAAGAGGAAACUACCUGCUGGAGACGAUCAAAUCCAUCUUCGACCAGUCGAGCUACGAGGAGCUGAAGGAGAUCGUGGUGGUGGUCCACCUGGCCGACUUUGACCUGGUGUGGUGUGAGAACCUGGUGCAGGAGAUCACCAGGAAGUUUGCUCACCACAUCAUAGCGGGGCGCCUCCUGGUGAUCCAGGCCCCCGAGGAGUACUACCCGUCUCUGGACGGCCUGAAGAGGAACUACAACGACCCGGAGGACCGGGUCCGGUUCCGCUCCAAGCAGAACGUGGACUACGCCUUCCUGCUCAACUUCUGCACCAACCUGUCCCACUUCUACAUGAUGCUGGAGGACGACGUGCGCUGCUCCAGGAACUUCCUGACGGCGCUGAAGAAGGUGAUCACCUCCAGAGACGGCUCCUACUGGGUGAUGCUGGAGUUCUCCAAGCUGGGCUACAUCGGGAAGCUGUACCACUCCCGAGACCUGCCGCGCCUCGCCCACUUCCUGCUCAUGUUCUACCAGGAGAUGCCCUGCGACUGGCUGCUCAUCCACUUCCGGGGUCUGCUGGCCCAGAAGGACGUGAUCCGCUUCAAGCCCUCGCUGUUCCAGCACAUGGGCUACUACUCGUCCUACAAAGGGGCGGAGAACAAGCUGAAGGACGACGACUUCGAGGAAGACUCCAUCGACAUCCCCGACAACCCCCCGGCAACCCUCCACACCAACAUCAACGUCUUCGAGAACUACGACGCCACCAAGGCCUACAGCACCGUCGACGAGUACUUCUGGGGGAAGCCUCCUUCCACCGGAGACUUCUUCGUCAUCGUCUUUAAUAAAUCGACCAAAAUUAGUAAAAUUAAGAUCGCUACGGGUUCGGACGACCGGCAGAAUGACAUUCUUCACCACGGAGCUCUGGAGGUGGGAGAGAAACUAGUCGGGACCAAGAAAGGGAAGCAGUGUUCCUCUUACAUCACAUUAGGGGAGUUUAAAAACGGCAACAUUGAGGUUCAAGACGUCGACCACAAAAUUGCCUUUGACAUUGAGUGUGUCCGCAUUGUGGUGACGGCCAGUCAGAAAGAGUGGAUCAUUAUUAGAAGUAUAAGUUUAUGGACUACACAACCUCCCAGCCAAUAAGGACUACACACAGAGACUCUUAGUAUGUCAUAGAGGAUAAGGUUUUUAUUAGUAUUAUUAUUAUUAUUAUUUACUAAUGUACGUAUUUCCAGGUUUAUUUAUUCAUUUUGUACGUAUUUAUUGAUGAUACUCAUUUUGAUUGCCAAAUCAGUCUAUAGUUUUUUAUACCUGCAAGUUGUUGUAACCUUAGUGGAGCAUCUUCCCAGGACUGUUCAGCUGACCUCAGAGUAUUCAUGGACAUGUUUUAUUAAAUGUUCCAUUAACCUUCAUUAUUUAUUACAAGCUGUCGUAAACGUGGGGCUGGGCGGUAACUCAGUGUUGUGAGUUUUUUUUUUUUUUUUACCUAUAAUCAUAUUUGGUCUCAUUCUUCUGCACAAAUCCUUUGAAAAGACCAAAAAUCAAAACGUAUUUAGUGUGAUACAUCUUCUGCCUCUGUGCCAUAGACCUCCAUUGUUUUCCAAAACCGAUUAAAAUCAGUGAGCCAGUAAAACAUUACUUCAUUACAAUAAACUUGGGCCCUGUAGUUCGUUUUGAGUCAAUUCUUUAUGCACCAUCCUGCUGCUCUGAAUACCCACAAGAGCACCAAAAGUGGAUGAAUAUACAGCUGGAAAAUAGUUUUUAAAGAUUUAUAUUUUGUGCAGGAAUGGAUGGGCUUCAGAAACUACUAAUGGAUGAACUAACACAUUUUAGUUUUCUGUCUUUUCAUGGGAUUUGUUGAAGAUAUAGAGUCACACCAGCCUUAUCCAUUAAUGGUUCUAAGCUAGUUUUUUAGAUAUAUUUUAAGAGUUUUGUCUGCAGAACAUGCUUCGUUCAUGCAUUCAACAAUUUUAUAAUUUUUAAAUCAUUACAUAUCAGUAUGAAUAUAUCAGUGUGAUGGUAUUCAUAUAUGGCCCAGCCCUACUGUUCCUCGACAGCUCUUAGUUAGUGGAUGAUGCAUUGAACCAAUAAUUCAUGAAUGUUUUCAAAGGAUCUUCAGAAAGGUGCUUCAAGUGAGGAAAGAAGACAAAUCUCACUUCGGGAACAGCGUACCAUUGAUUUAAUACAGUUUCAUUAAAGGCACAAU